AUGCUGCAGCUCAUCUCCAUUGUGCUCUUGGCUGCUCUCCUCACGGCUAUCCUUGUCAAAGGCUCUGAGGUUCCUAGUUCCCAAGAGGAAAAGAACCACAUCCUCCAGAAACUGGACCAGCUGAAGGCUGGACUAGAUCACCUAUGUCGUCCCUGUCCCUGGGACUGGACGCUCUUCCAAGGAAACUGUUACUUCUUCUCCACAUUCCUUAAGACAUGGAAGGAAUCUGUUACUGCCUGCGAAGACAUGGGAGCCCAACUAGUGAUCAUAAAAAGUGAUGAGGAGCAGGGUUUUCUCCAUAGGACUCCUAAGAGAAAACACAAUUCCUGGAUUGGAUUGUCAGAUUCAAAAGAGGAAGGCCAAUGGCUGUGGGUGGAUGGCUCACCACUGCAAUGGAGCCUACAAAUAGGGCCAUUUAUCAUCUAG